GGGGAGGAGUUAGAAACCAUUUAAAUGCUCAGAAUGUGACAAGUGCUUCACAAAUAUGGGAAAUCUUUCUAAACACCAGAUAAUUCACACUGGAGAGAAGCCAUUUCGAUGUUCAGAAUGUGACAAGUGCUUCAUUCAAAAGGGAAAUCUUACUCUGCACCAGAGGACUCAUACUGGAGAGAAACCAUUUAAAUGCUCAGAAUGUGACAAGUGCUUCACAAAUAUGGGAAAUCUUUCUAAACACCAGAUGAUUCACACUGGAGAGAAGCUAUUUCGAUGUGCAAAAUGUGACAAGUGCUUCACACUAAAGGAAUAUCUUAGUCGGCACCAGAGGACUCAUACUGGAGAGAAACCAUUUAAAUGCUCAGAAUGUGACAAGUGCUUCACAAAUAUGGGAAAUCUUUCUAAACACCAGAUGAUUCACACUGGAGAGAAGCUAUUUCGAUGUUCAGAAUGUGACAAGUGCUUCAUUCAAAAGGGAAAUCUUACUCUGCACCAGAGGACUCAUACUGGGAAGAAACCAUUUAAAUGCUCAGAAUGUGAAAAGUUCUUUACAACUAAGGGAAGUCUUACUACCCACCAAAUGAUACACACUGGAGAGAAGCUAUUUCGAUGUUUAGAAUGUGACAAGUGCUUCACACGAAUGGCUAGUAUUACUGUUCACCAGAGGAUUCACACUGGAGAGAAACAAUUUAAAUGUUCAGAAUGUGAUAAGAGCUUUAGAACAAAGAUACAUCUCACUCUACACCAGAGGAUUCACACUGGAGAGAAGCCAUUUCUUUGUUCAGAAUGCGACAAGUGCUUCACAACUAAGGGACAUCUUACAAGGCACCAGAUGACUCACACUGGAGAGAAACCAUUGAAAUGCUCAGAAUGUGACAAGUGCUUCACAACUAAGGGAAGUCUUACUAAACACCAGAGGAUUCACACUGGAGAGAAGCCAUUUCGAUGUUCAGAAUGUGAUAAGAGCUUCACAACUAAGAGACAUCUCACUCAACACCAGAGGACUCACACCGGAGAGAAGCCAUUUCGUUGUUCAGAAUGUGACAAGUGCUUCACAAUUAAGGAAAGUCUUACUAAACACCAGAAGAUUCACACUGGAGAGAAACAAUUUAAAUGCUCAGAAUGUGAAAAGUGUUUCUCGUUUAAGGAAGAUCUUUCUAAACACCAGAGGAGUCACACUGGAGAGAAGCUAUUUCGAUGUUCAGAAUGUGACAAGUGCUUCACCCAAAAGGGAAAUCUUACUGAGCACCAAAGGAUCCACAAAGGAGAGAAACCAUAUAGAUGUUCAGAAUGUGACAUGUGCUUCAUACGAAAGGGAAGUCUUACUGAACACCAGAGGACUCACACUGGAGAGAAGCCAUUUCGAUGUUCAGAAUGUGACAAGUGCUUCACAACUAAGAGGAAUCUUACUGUUCACCAGAGGAUUCACACUGGAGAGAAACAAUAUAAAUGCUCAGAAUGUGAAAUGUGCUUCUCAGUUAAGGGAAAUCUUACUAAACACCAGAUGAUUCACGCUGCAGAGAAGCUAUUUCAAUGUUCAGAAUGUGACAAGUGUUUCAACCAAAAGCAAACUCUUAUCUUCCGCCACACUCACCUCCUGAACAACCAGAGGUCUCUUGUCAAGAUGCGGCCCUCUUUGAAAAAUGAUCUGGACUUUAUUAAGUCUGACCUCUGCACAGUCAUGCAAAAAUUAGAAGAUCUGGAAAAUAGGAUCCGUCGGGGAAACAAACAAAUUUGCAGUGUUCCUGAGCAUAUUGAAGAUCUUCAAACCACGAACUACAACUACCAAAUCCUUGUGGAUCUGGCUCCCCUAACCCUACAGAGAUGGAGAGUGUUCAAGCCUUGUCUGAGCACUUUGUUACAAUAUGGCGUGAAGUGUGGAUUUCAGUUUGAAGUUGUCUUUAAUUAUGGAAACCAAGUUUACUCAUUCUCUUCCUUGGAAGAAGCUGGAUCCCUCUUGAAACAACUACAACUCACAAUCUCUGCUACCGCUGCUCCUUCCACACCUCCACCUCCAACCCCAAAGGAGCACCGUCCGACUCUGCUGUGGGAACGUAAAUCCCAAAACCGUCACGGAUUGACAGGGAGAUUCUGCUCCUCUCAAGCUUCGACAGCCGAUCCGGGUGACUGA